AUGCCGAGCUCACCAAUUCCGCUUUCCAAUUCCGCUCCCGGUCGACACUCACUUUCCCACUCUGAUGUGCACAAGUCCGUGCACUCGGCCGGCUCCCUGGCGGCCUGGCCGAAGAAACUAGGCGACUUUAUCAAAAUAAAAGGCAGUCCGACAUCCAAGAAUGCAGGGCUGACUGAAGAGAAUCUACAAGAGCUCAAUAGAAGAAACGCAAUUCUUGAGACAAGGUACUCUACAAGCAGCCCUUAUUACAAGGGCCUAACAGAUUUUUCACUUGUUAUCAAUAGAGAAAAGCUGUCAGGGUCCAGUCCUGGAAGAGAAAGCCAUGCAGCAACUUUUGUAAGUUCUGCAUCCAAAUCGAGUUUCGUAGUCCAGGUGCGAAAAUGGAGUACUUCUUGCUAUUCCAUGAAAAACCAUGAAAAAACCUCUUCAUCGUCAAGUUCUUUCUGGAGUAAGAGCUCCAGACACAAUCGUGCUAUGACUUCCGAUUCAUCAUCCUUGAAAGCAACUGCUAAAGGUGUGAUAAUAACAAAGAUUAGAACUAAAACAACAAAUGAUUCAGAAUCAGAGCGGGAAGAAGUCAGUUUUACUGCCAACGGGAACGCAGUUGCUACUGGUUUGUCAAAUAAGAAGCCCUUGAGUGAGAGAGAACAAGAAAUACCACCCAACGUUCCCUCACCAACUUCACAACCACAAAUAUCAUCACAAACUACACAAGACCUGCUUUUGCCACCAUCUCCACCACCUGCAAAAACAUCACCUAUGGAAGAAGUGCAAACUCCAGCAACUGCAGAUGCCCCGCCACAAAUAUCAUCAAAAAAUACAGAAGACUUGCUUUUGCCACCAUCUCCACCACCACUUGCACAAACACCACCUAUUGCAGCAGCUCAAACUUCAGAAACUGGAGAGGUCAUCCUAAAAAAUGAGGAAACAAAGAGAUCGGAAAAUGAUAGAAAAUAUGUAUGGGCAGGCAACUAUAGGCCCUUUUAUUUGCAAGAUUUUCUAUGCAAUCGAAGAACAGCACUUUGGCUACAAGAUGUGGGAGAAGGAGUGGGCAGUGUCCUGGUAAAUUUAAUGGUGUCACAACAACACACUGAAGUCAAGUUCUCUGAACUAAAAGGAUACGAGAAGCAUAUCCUUGUUGAACUUAUUAAAGAGAGACGUACCAAGUUGUCCAACAAAGAUUUGCAGAGAAAUCACGGGGAAUGCAGAGCAAUCAUUCUAUAUGACGCAGACAAGAUAUCUACUGAUAUCCUGACAUAUAUCAAGUGGACAUUAGAGAGGUUUAAGGGGUGUAACAAAGUAUUCUUUUGCUGCAGUGAUGUCUCAAGACUAGAGCCUGUAAAGUCACUAUGCACUGUGGUUCAACUCCUCCCACCUUCCAUUGAAGAGAUUGUAGAAGUUUUGAAAUUCAUUGCAAAAAAAGAAGAAAUACAUUUACCUCAUCAGUUGGCAGUUAAGUUUGCUAACAGCUCCAACAAUAACCUGAGACAAGCCAUACGCUCAUUUGAAGCUACCUGGCACUUCAAUUCAUCCUUAACUGAAGAUCAAGCCAUUAAGACUGGGUGGGAAGAGAAAAUUGCAAAUCUUGCUAGAAAUAUAAUACAAGAGCAAACCCCAAAGCAGCUUUAUAUUAUCCGAGGAGAACUACAAAUUCUAAUAGAGCAUGCUGUAGCUCCUGAGUUCAUAUUAAAAACCCUUGUUGAAGAAUUGAAGAAUCAUGAUGAGAGCUUGCAGCCACUAUUUUGCAAUAUGUGUGAUGAAUACAGUAGAAAUCAUGAAGCUAAGAAGCUUAUGGCCUCUGCUUGUGCACGGGAUCAACAAGCGGAACUUAGUAAAAGAGAAACCGAUUCUCGAAAGAAUGUGGAACAAUUUAUGAUGAUUGAAGGUAAGAUGAGAAUUCAUGAUACCAAUAACAGGACAGAAAAGAAUUUUAUUUUUAUGUUUUAA